UGUGCAAUUAAUGCGUGGACCCUCAGUGACAAAAUUUCCUAAGCCAUUAUGUUCUGUGCGUAUUAUAUGCACAUUGUUAGGUUCCUACGUUUACCCUUGCUGUUACUACUGCUAGAGGGAAGAAAUAAGUAACGUCGCCCUGGAAAAAGGCCGCUGUGAAAAAUUGCUCAUUCACUGCUGCUCCUAUUUAGCUACUUUGGUUUCUUUUACGUUUAGUAUUGCCGUAAAGCAUUGCUUAGGACAGCUGCCACAAUCCAGCGUAAGAUAAACCGUGUAUCUCCCUAGGGAAGAUAUCGAACAUAGACGAUUUUGUGUGUCGCUAGGUUUAGUGGCCAAACAUGUUACUCUGGCACCAUUACGGGGACGCAUUGCUGCUAUUAAAAGGAAAUAACAAUUCAAUUGUAAUUGUGUGCGUGAACUAGCUUCACGUGGUGUUGUUCUCGCUGAUACAGUACUUGGCCGUACUGGCGUCUAUGCAAUAACACCAAUAGAAGUGUGCCAUAUACGCAGUCCUCUGCGAACUGCCCUCGUGCGAUUUGAAUUUCUCCGUAUUUUGACUAAUUAGAGUCUAGUAGAUCAUUCCAGCUAAGCAAGUGUUGCGGCUAAUGAUGUCUAGUUUGCUUAGCUAGCAGUAUUGAAUUUAUAGUUCGAUGGACUCAUUACAAUGGACGGGCGUUGUUUUUUGUAAAACCUUUUCUGUAAAGAAUCAAGUAAGGUGUUCAUGUUUUAGAUUUUUUGUGUUCUUAGCUACUCGGUGGGCUUGUUUCCUUUUUGGUAUUAUGAAAUAUAAGUAAUUUCCAGGUAGCAUAUUGGAUAGCAAAUGGAGUGAGGCUUGAACUAGGCUUUUUACAUAGCUGGAAACGAUAAGGCACCCUGACAUUGUAUUAUAAAGAAUAUCUCUUAUUGCCUUAGGGUGACGUAUAUCUAUUAAUGAAAAAGCUUUGUGUGACGGCAUUCGCUUGCUUCUUUUGAAUAUUUUUUUUAAAGAGGGGAUCUAAUUUACUUCUUUUCAAGGUAUUGUUAAACCAAAGUAACCCAAUUCCCGUUUAUCGGAAAUAUAACCUUUAGGUUUAUGGAAACUAAAAACAUCCCUAUUUGUAUUUCACCUAAGCUUUGUUUUAAGCCAAUCAAAAAGAUAUUAAUUCUAUUUUUUUCAUAUGUACUUUAUCUAGCAGGCAUUAAACAGGUAAGGUCUAUUCAUUGAUUACUGUUUCAGCUAUAUUUCAUUUAACAACUUGUAUAUGACUUUUUUAUAGUAUAGGUUUUUGGCCAAGUUAGUUCUUAUAUCCGACGAUGUCAAUGUACAGUCGUAUACUGAAUUAUUGUAAGAAACGUAUUUCCUUUAGUGCACCGCCUUUUAGUGCAAUUAAUAAGUUAAAACCUUAUUUGUUUGUGUUGGUUAUACAGGAAAAAGCAAGCUUUUAAGAAAAACAUUGUAGGCAAAACUACGUUAAUAUUAGAUAAAAAUUUAACAAUUCUGUCCAGGAGUGCAACGACAGAUCAGCAUAUGGUAUUCGUCACUGUAAAUAUUAGAUUAAGCUGGCCACAUGUGUCGGUCAACAGUAAUUUUCACAGCUGCUCUAAAUCCUUAGCAGGAAGAUAUCCACGUAUUAGAGGUUGUGGAAUUCUAGUCCAGGCCUAAUUUAACCUUGCGACUACCAUGACGACGACAAUCCCGGUAAAAUUUGAAUUCAUAUGCAAGUUUUAAGGCACAACUUAAGCCUUUCCAAAAAUUAUAAUACUAUUGACUUUCGCAGAUUUUGUUAUCAGAAAAGGGCUAUAUCAAUUUUUUGUUUCAUGUCUUUUUUCUCACUAAACCUAUUUACACUUUUUACAUACCCUAUUCCUACGCGCUCGGUCGGACAUUGAAAAAAUAUAAUUGUUUUUAUAAUUAAACGUAAGUUUGCAAUAACGCUUCAAUAUUAACGUAUAUAAACUUAUAAUACUAAAUUCGCAAACGUUCAAAUUCACCAGUGGCGGUAGAUCUGGUGUUAAUCACCCUUAUCGGCACGCCAUAGACAAUUAAAUAAUAGGCAUUCUUUUGACAAUGAAUCAUGAGCUAUAGUACAGGAGCUAAUACCAGACAAUAUCUCUUGAGCAUUAACCACAGCACAUGAUGGAAAUUUCCAAACGUAUCCUUUUUAGAUGGACAGAAGUGUUUACCAAGUAUGUGCUUCGCUCCUUUGCUCGAGAAACUGCUGUAAAACCCUGUCAAAGAACUCGCAAUCGCGCGAAGUGCUGCACUUUAACUUUCACAAGUUCCACAUUCGAUUCAAAGAAGGAGCGCAUGAAUUGUUUUUCUCGAAAAGAACUAUAACACUGUGUAGGGAUUUCCUUAUGAUUCGCAGUGGAGCUAUAGAAAAAAAGUCGGAAAACGCACCCUUCAAAUAUAACUCCAGGUAGAAAACAGUUCCACUUUAAUCCUAAAAAGCGUUUAGCUGUGGUAGUAUUUAUAGGCAUAUGGUAAAUGCAGAAAGAAGAUGAAUGCAAGUGGCGUGUUUAACUAUAGACACAGAAAAGGCUUAGGAUGACAACGAAAGGAUCAUGCGGAAUGAUUCUUCUCUUUUUUCUUGAACGCGUGCCGAGGUGAUUUCAAGCCUAUUCUGCUGAGCCUACAUAUGCCCUUUGAUCUUUUAGUGUUAGCUAGUGCUUAGACAGAUUGUGAUAGACAAACACCGUAGAAGCUGACGUAGCAUUUUAUUGAACAUAUUUUAUCAACAAUCUUAUUUAUUAAAAUGUAUCUACUUCACCGCACUUUAUUUGUGGAAAUAAUACUGUUAUUUCUGUAAACACUAAAAUGUCACAAAUAACAAGUGUUCGCAAGUUUCGUACACUCGAGUCUGUGUAAUGUGGAGGCAGAAUAGUGGGUUUUACGAUUGCUAGGGGUUGGUCUGGUGACAUCGGCCUAAAUAUCUGCCUGGGUUAAGUUGAAAAGGUAAUUAAUUUUUCAACCUGAAACGUUGUUUCACAAACUGGACUUCAAGCAGAACUUCUGCUGUAAUCCGAAGCAGGCUGCAUGAGCGACAGAUGCUAUUAAACACUUGGUAGGGAGCACUUACUAAAGGCAAAAGCUGCGUUCUCAAAGCUGAUUCUGAUGCCUACGCAAAGUUUUAUAGUGACUAGCGCUCACCCGGAAACACAUAUAUGGACUCAUUUGGUGAGAGAGAAUCAUUGAAUGCAUUUUUAUGUGUGUAAUCGUGUAUAUGCACGUUCAUAGCUGAAUUACUACUAGGGUUACUAGCCCGUCCCAGUUCUGACUCCAACCUCGAAGAUCAUCCGGAGUCUCGUGAGGUAACUUGAAAGUUGGUCUAUAAAAUUUUCCAUCGUCGAUCUAUUGAGCCGCGCCGAGCACCAGAUAAAGGUUCCCGUUUUGGUACAUUCUUUGUCGAGGCUAACGUCUCUGAAUGACGUUGGAACAAGGCAUACCUGGAUUGCUUGUUGGCUGCUCCGCGCUCUUUUCUAAUUUUUGGCAACUAAGACGGAAUCAGCUUCUAGGUGCUUCAGCAUCCCACGGUUAGCAUCCACCCAACUACCCCGAAGUUUGAUACCUGGCAGGCGCGAGUUCUUUACCUCAAUCUCAAUCUCAGCUUCUUUUCGGCCUUACUUUUGCCACCCGCUCCCUUCUUGUCUGCUGUAAACUGAGUAGAUGAGUAGGAUCAGUAGGAAAACAAGCCGUUGGACGAGAUUUACUCUGCGAGAAACAUAAAUAGCGCUCUCAAAGUUUACUCAGCAACGCGCAGUAUACUGGGUAGUUCAUCACUAUUACCUGUUGUCUGUGUAAAAUAAUGGGCCGUAUCAUUUCUCUAGCCCUUGUAUAUACGGUAAUAAGCAAUAGUGCUGAACCUGCUGUCGCUGAGUUGAGCCUGCUAAGAUGCAACUCGCUUAGUGCGGCGAGAGCUUUGUUUUCGACCUCUUUUCUAUUUCUAUCCCGCGCACACCCUCGUUAUUACAUGAGUGACUGUCGAUCGCUAUAAUGUUAGUGCUGGUGAUGAUAAUGAUGAAACGGAUGCAUCAAGUGGCAGUAGUAGAGGUUAGUACUUGGAAAAAAAAAAUUUUCUCGCGAAUCCGCCUUUUACGACGGGUCGAGGAUGGUUACGCCAACUGAUCGGCCCAUGGACUCAUCUACAGACUGCUAGGAAUUACUAAGUUAACGCAUAUGCAGAAGUUCGCUAAAAUAGCGAGAAACGAAAUGCAACGCUCUUUCCAUGUGUUGAAUAAGCUAUAGAUGCUCUAUGCAGCGCCGGUCAUAAGCAUAAUUGUGCGGGGGGUAAGAUCACUUAUUGGGUAUGUCGUGGCGUCUUUGCCGCUUAGCAGCAGCUCAGCGACGAGGCUGUGCAGCAGGCGGAUUCGUUCGUUUGGUUUCUAUUUUGUAACCAUACUACUUCCUACAAGUAAUAUUUAUAUGAGCGACAGUUUAUUUGUAAAAUAGGUAUGUCGUACUCCAUCUCCAUAUGUCGGUUAUGAUGACUGACAGAAAGCCGUCGGCAACCACACUGUAAUUAGGUGACGCGGUUGUUGAGCGAUCAUUCACAGGAAGGUUUAUUCAUGCACGGUGUAUCUAGAUGCCGUACAAAAAUGUUUCAAUCAGUCUGGCUAUAUUGGAGUUUAUCGAAACCAAAAAAGAAGUUUAGUCUACUAUAUUUAUCUCCAUUCGCAAUAUUGCAUCCGUAGUUGUCUUUAUCCAAGGCAGUAGUUCUGUUGUACGUCCAGAUCAGGUUUUUUUUUCUUUUUGCUAAAUUCAGGGCAUGCGUUUUUGUGUGAUCGGUAAAAUUGAGCUGUUGAUGAUGUUGCUGAUAGAAACGGUCCUUUGUGACCGGCAGUAACAUUUGCUUGAUUUUCAUUAUUCUGUCGUUGCUGUUAUGUUACCGAUCAAUAUUCAAUCUGUGAUAACCGAAAAGCAUGUGUAUGGCCAAGCUUUUCCUUACUAACUUAUGUCGAAUUCACGUAACGGUAGAUACCUCUUUUUGAGUGCAGUGGCAACAAAUACUUUGCUUAUCAACACUCUAUGGUCGUAUAUUGUGAGAAUAUUAUAAAGAAUCCAACAGGUUUUCUCGCUUACAUUUAUUCAUAAGUACUACAUUCUUUCAAUAUCGUACGCAUCCGUAAACUAUAACAUACCUGCUGUGAAAACAACUUUAUUGAGAACUUGCCCACGUGACGUGUGGAAAGGUGCUAACCGAGCAGAGACCCAUUCGGAUUAGCGCAAAGCGUUGCCAAUAUGGUCCGAAGGACACGAUGCAGGGAACAUGUUUAGGCGUAUAAAAUGUUUCGUGUGGUAUCAACAUUAUUGGAGAGUGCAAGUGAUUUGAACUUUGAGUGUCUUACGUGUAUAUAUUGAAAUUAAGCAGACGGGUACUACCAGCUCAACGUAUAUUAUUUCACUGAAAGCGUUUCGUAGUGAAUAAGAAUAGUUUUCGCGGUAUUUUCUUCGAUGGCGAUUGCUUAUUAUCCCUACUGGUAUGGCUUCUACGCGCUCAAAAUUGUUGUUAGCAAAAAUGUUGUCAGCUUAAUUUUAUGAAUAAUAUUAGAUUUUUUAGUUUUAUGGGAGGAUUUUAGGCAUGCAUUAUAAAUCCUACAGUACGACAUUUAUGUUGUUAUCAGACCGACUUAAUAAGCUUUAUAAAGUCUGGUAAGUGGCCUUCGCGAUUUCAUAAUGUGCGCGUAUGUCAGCACUUGUUGACGUCGUUUUAGUGUGAACGAAUUAUGACGAUAAACAGUAACAGUCUUUGAUCAGUUAGUGCUACAGCUAAAUUUACAUAAUAAUUAGAAUUAACGUUGAACUGGCCUAAAAUCAAGCCGUCGGGCGUGGUCGACCUGACCACACCCGACCACAACGGAAUCUGAUCUUUUGGAUGGGAUACUUCAGAGCUAUCAAGAAUGCUUUCAGCUUAUGAACUUUUUUUAGACAGUGAAAAAAUAAUUUCUUUACGGAAUUCGAGUUUAACGUAAUACAAUCGUACCAAGGUUAAGUGAAUUUUGGCGAUUCUAAUUUUGAUAUUACUGAAAACCUGAAUCGUGCAACAAUUCGAACAUUCAAAUGACUUGCCAAACGGAAGGUUGUCAACUAAUCUUAAAUAUUCCGUAUGUAACCACAGAGUAGGUAGUUUUCUUAAGUAAGCCCUCCAAGUCCACUGGCUAGAUAUAAAACUUACUAGGGCUGUUGGUUAGGUAUCUAAGCUAAUAAUCUUCAAGCGAUAUCAGCGAAAGAUUUGUUCUUAAAGGACAAGCAAUAUUACAGUGAUAUUUUUGUGUAUUCUUUAGGCUUUACAAUUAGAUAGGGAUUCGGUAUCAGUUACUGGAGGGUCUCUCCUUUCAAUAUGAACCUUAAGCAUUGACUAUGCGCCUCAAGCUGGGUCACUUUGAAGCAUGGCUUAUUUAAUUCCUAAGAAUUAAAUACAUUUAGCUUUGAUAAGAUAAACUACCGUGAUUUUCAUACGUUAAAGAAGUAAACAAGUAAUUUGUUGUCAUUAUUGUUUUUAAUAAUACUAGUAUCAUGUUGUUACCGACACCACCAUUUGUCUUUUUUUAUUUUCUGCUUAUUUUUCAUUUGAGGAUACGGGACGUAUUGGAAAAGAGAUCAUCGAAGCCUAUAUAUCAACACAGCCUAUUAUAAUCGUAGGAACUUCUGCUCGCACAUUCACCGUCAUACCAUUUAUCAUACCAUAUAGAAUAAACAGAGUUCAUGUAUACAAUAGGUAGAUUUGAGAAACAUUUUGUUUGAUUUAGUGUACGGGCUACCUGACUGGGAAGCUGACUACUGAUUUAUCCACAAGUGGAAUAACUAGCUUUCACGUUCAAAUUUAAAGAGAUCAUCUGGUGAUUGUUUACGGUGAACAUGUCUGAUUCUUCCUAAGUCUAUUAAGCCGAAACAAUGUGCAAAUUGGUCGUAUGGCGAGAAAACUGCAGUGAAAGCUUACACUAUACGGAGGACUUCAUUGCACUCAGAACAUUUGCUCUUAGCUUAAGAGAGGUUGGUGCAAAUUGCACACCCUGGCACCCCUUCGAAUUACCCCUUUUUUUUCGCAUACACUUCGCGGACUUCUGAUAGCGAGCUGCGCUAUGGUACUAUAUAGCCAUGCCAAUUAAUCACUGUGUAACCACACAUGUGAGAUGGUUCUCACUAAGUACUGGAUAUACGUCACUACGGCUGAUUGUGUACCAUGCAUUUGAUCCGUUCGAAUGAACCAUUACAAGAAUCAAAAGGGAACGGAGAAGAGAUAAUUUUUCAAGUUUGAAAAGAAUUCUCCUAAACGACAGAUUUGUAAAAUUGAGGAGGUAAUGAAUGCAAGUGGCAAAUUGCAAGAACGAACAGAUCGCUCAGAUGUGUCCGGGAUAUUUAUGGAAAGUCGAAUUUGUGAGUGGGUUAAAGAGACGAGCGAAGCACUGGAAUAUUACCAACACCAGCAUCGUUCUGAUCGCCGUCGUGUGUGACCCACAUCUUAGAAUUUACCGACUUCAUAUCACUAAAGUGUCGUCGUGCAUAUCGUGGAAACGCGCGGACGUUAAACGAUCAACAGCUAGCAACCUGCUAAUCCUCGAUUGGAGGGUCAAUACCUAUCGGAGAAUGCUUGUUACGUUUAACUGCUGGUAGCAAGGCCGGCGGAGGUGGCCUACCUUGAGGGGGUCGCCGAGGCCAGCCAAGGAACUCAAACGCAACGCCAUCAAUACGAUCAAAUAGAUACGGGACCUCGCCACAGGUAUAAGCGUGGGGUGGUAGUUGUGCUCGUUGGAGCCGUCGUUAGUCCGCUUGAUUGUCAACCAGUCGUAUUCCCCCCUGAUGGACAACGGGGGUGCACUCGGAGGUGUGACAAGUUAUCAACCCGCAGCGACGGCAGCGACCGGCGUGGUUGCUCCACCAGCCAGUGCCGGAGGCCUGUCAAAUGGUGGUGUUCAAUUGUCGGUUGAAGAACACGCCCUCUACGAAGAGCUCUUUGCAGCUCUUGACGUUGGCGGUGACGAACGCAUUCAGGGCUCACAAGCCAGUGUUCUGCUCAGAGCAACCAAUUUACCCACGGAGACGCUUCAACUGAUAACGGAACUUUCCGGCGCCAAGCGCGUUGGACACUUCGGACGAUCGCAAUUUUUCCGUGCACUGAAGCUGAUUGCGGGUGCUCAGAACGGCUUGAAGCCCUCAAGUGAGGUGUUGGCAGCUCCGCUCCCUUUGCCGAAGCUCAACAUGGCUACAGCUCAGCAUACAGCAUCGACUCUACUUAACAAUAAUAACAACAACAAUAACACAGCGAGUGCAAACAACUGCUAUGGGGCUGGCCCAGGUGCUGUGGCCGACAGUCGGAGUCCGGAACAGCAACGGCCGCAGCAACAGCAGCAGGUGGGCGGCUCAACAGCUUCAGCCGAUGCGGAAAAGACAUGGGCAAGCUUUAACUGCUUGGCAACAGACGAAGAGUGGUCGUCGUCAAAGUUACUUCUGCAACAGCUUCACACAUCCUCUGAGGAGCACCGUCAUUUGCUCGGGGGUACUGCGGGAGACGAAGUCGAUGUCGAGACUGAUUCCGGUCGGGCAGGCGAGACGGAGGACGGCGAAGAUGGAGAAGGAAUCUGGACGAUCACUCGCGAACAGCGAGCUUAUUAUGUAAAGCAGUUUGCGGGAAUGCAGAGCGAUCUCGAAAGAGGCAGAAUACAAGGACGGCAAGCGAAAGAGUUUUUUGAAAAAAGCCGUCUACCCGUGGCAGAGCUAUCGCGAAUUUGGCAGCUGGCUGAUAUCGACCGUGAUGGCCAGUUGGCGCUUGAUGAAUUCUGCACGGCUAUGCACCUAGUCGUAUUAAGGAGAAACGGAAUCCACCUACCAGCCCAACUCCCUCCGCAACUAUUACCAGAUAUCCCUCCGUUGAUUCAAACUAGUCCUCUGCCGGUACAACCGCAACAUUCUCAGCCACUCGCUACAGUGGUCGGAAGUAGCGGCGCCUCUGCUGCCGGCAACGCAAUCAACCAAACACAACAACAGCAACUUGAUAGUAGUACCCAUCAUCGUUGCCAUCAACACCAGCAGCAGCAGCAGCAGCAACAACAGCAUAUAAGCACGAAAAACAGCACGACGAGUGACACUACUAACAGCACCGCGGCCAUGACGACGACGUCAUUGGUCAAUAGAGAGAGAGGAGCUGGAGGCCAAGGUGUAACGUCUUCACCAUUGACUGCACCGAUAAGUCUCUCAAAGCAAUGGAUGAAAUUUAGCCCGUCACCAACCUCUGGCCCCCUUGGGGUACAACAGAAACAGACACAACAAUCGUCACAGCAGUCGCUUCCGAGGACUAGUCCUACCGCAGGCGAAGUGGGCACUGGCCCAGUAUCGUUCGACUUCUCGACAACACUAGUUAAUCAGGACCCGCGCAUUUUGCACCCGGUUGCACGUCGGCCCCCUUCAUCACCUGAGGGUCAGAUGGGCGCGGGCGGUGGUGGGGCAUUUAGCUGUGACCCCACCUCUAUUCGCCCGACUGGCUCUAUAGUGGUAGAUGCUCCAUCCGGAGGCACUGGUGGUUAUGUUAUUAUGAAUAACUCGUCUGAAAACGAUCACGACGCACUCGACGCGCUUGAGUCAGGCGCGCCACACCUCAUAUCUACAAAUAGUUCUUUCUCCGCCCCGAGCACGGCGGACGCGUUGUUGAUGUCCGGUAUUGGGAGUGGCAGUGGAGGUUGUACGGUGCUAAGUGGCAGCGGAACUGGCGCAGUAGUUGUUGGAAAUUCCCUUUCAAAUGGCGGGGCUCGAACGCCCCUGGCUGCCAAGAAGGAACCACCUCCGCCGCCACCUCCCCGACCUCUCCCGGCACAGCACAGGGGACAUCAUGCCCGCUCCUCGUCGCUCGACCUCAAUCCUCGCGCCACUGGCGGACACCCGUCAUCGGGGACCCCUUUAAAGGGCCUUUUCCCGCCUGCUGUGCCUCCUCGCUCCUCGCCGGCCAACGGUGUCGGUGCGAUCGGAGGAUCCGGAGGCGUCGCACGAAGUCUAUCUGGGGACAGCAGUCGAGGUGGAAUUAGUCAGAUCAGUGGUAGCAGUAGCAAACCCCCAAAGAUCGGCGCCGCUGGUGGAGCUUUUCAAGUGUACAGCGGCAAGACAAGAACAACAAUGAGAAGUGAGGCUGCAGAACCAGGAGCUGCUCAUUCAAGAUGCGCUUCGGAUUCCUCUUGCUCCUCAUCGUCAUCGUCAUGUAACUCAUCAUAUGAAGACCUCAGUCUUGAUCCUACGACGGAUGAUGCUGCCAUGCUGCUCGUGGAUGACGACCAUACGGAGUGCGGAUACGUGGACACGGCCCAGCAAGCCGGCCAAGGACAACCGGCUGGACAAGGCAUGCAUCUUCACAGACCACAUCAUCGCAAGCACGAACUGCCGGAUGCUAUGAUGGCUCAGUUUAUCACGGACAUUCCUACGGAUCGGGAGCAGCUCAUUCGAGACAUCAGCGCCCAUCGGGAACGUAAUGCAAUGCUUCGUGAAUGGAACCGUGAGUUACACGAUGAGCUUCAGCAGCUCGUUCAGGAACGCCUAUCUCUGCAGAGUCAAAAACAGCCGACAUCAACGAUUUAGACAUGUGGUCGGCAGGGAGCAUUUGGCGAUACAAUAUCUAACAAUUACUACUAGAUUAAAGUGAAGGAAUAGAGCUCAAUUAGGCUCGAACACAAGUGUGCCUAUAUCUAAUGGAUAAGUACCAACCCAUAUUUGAAUUGACUAGAUGUGCCACUAAAGGUUCUGGUCAAUAUCAUCCUCCAACGAGAAAAAAAUUAAAAAAAAAAAGAAAAAUCUGACGAAAAUGUCCAUGAUGAUUUUCAUGAACCCGAUGCUUUCUGCUUUCUCAUGUACUGAAGUGGAAUGGCAAAUAUGGGAACUGUAGAAAUAUCAGAGAAGACAAGUCGAAAUGGUAUAUGUAGCAAGAGUCGUCUCAAAGCGACGCAAAAUCAGGAGGUUCACGUUUAGGUCCUUCUAGCCAUUAGUGACGAAAAAAAUGACGUCUUAUAUGGAUGAAACAAGAUGUGAGACAUAGCAUAACGGAUGUUGUCUGCGCGAAGUAGCACUAAAUGGGCCAUACAUAAAAAAUAAAAGGUCCACGCUUUAGAUGAAAGUUAUACCAAUGACUAGUAAGAAACAUACAGACAAAA